AUGACAAGUAAAAAGGGACAGGAAUAUGUCCGCUGUACAGCAUGCAAUAUUGACGUUUCUGUCGCCAGUGGGGGAAGAAAUGAUCUUACUCGCCACAUCAACAGCAAGAUUCACAAUUCGAACAUCCAAACUGUAAAUUCAACACAGAAAAUCAACAACUCAUUCUUUAAGCCGGCGUCAUACGACCCAGUUGCUCGCGCUGAGGUGUACUUUGCUGCCUUUAUCGCAGAACAUAAUCUGUCAUUCUCUGUAGCCGACCACUUUACGGACUUGGUGAAAGUUAUGUUUCCGGACAGUGACAUUGCCAAGAAAUUCAAAUGUCGUCGGACUAAGACUACAAAUAUAGUGACAAAAGCCCUAGCUCCGGUGGCGGAAAAGAAAGUUACAAAAUUAUGUAGAGAGAACAAGUUUAGUGUGCUCAUGGACGAAAGCAAUGACCAAGGAGAUAAAAAGUGUGUUGCCAUUUUGGUACGCGUGUAUGACACUGAUGUCUUUAAAGUUAUGACUUACUUUUUGGCAAUGCCAGUGUGUAAUAUUGGCACGGGUGAAAAUUUAUUCACGUGUCUUCAAGAAGUCUUUACAGAGCGUAGCAUCCCCUGGCAGAAUAUGAUCGGUUAUUCUAGUGACAAUGCCCCAGUGAUGAUCGGUGCUAACAAUUCAGUGUUGUCAAGAGUGCGGGAGCAACAACCAAAUGUAGUGAACAUUGGAUGUGUGUGUCACAUAAUGUCAACGUGCACUCAAUAUGCCGUCAAGAAGUUAGCCAUGCCAGUUGAAGAGGUGCUACAAGACACAUUCACACACUUUCAACAUAGCUCCAAAAGACGACAAAUACUCCAAGAUUUCCGCGAAUUCACGGACACUACUACUUAUAAGCUUGUUAGGCACUGCAGCACCCGCUGGUUGUCCUUACAAACGUGUGUCGACCGAUACUUACAGCAGUGGCCAGCGCUAGAGGCCUACUUCACUAGUCAUGAUGACGCAGAGAAACGGGGUAGCCGGGUUUUUCGUGUAGUUGAAUGUCUGCAGGACCCACUACUCGCCCUCAUCUUCAGAUUCCUGUCCUUCAUCCUUGUACCACUGAAUGACUUCAACACUACAUUCCAGGUUAAUUAUUAG